ACUUUUCAUGUAGCUGCUUCUUUACGCAGAGUCCUCUGGAAUCGUGUUUCUCAGACUUUAACUGCAUAUGAAUCUCCUGGACAUCUUGUUACAACGCAGGUUCUGUCUAGCAGAUCUGAGGCGGAGCCUGAGAAUCUGCAUUUCUAACAAGCUCUCAGGUGAUGUCGAUGCUUCCGGCUACCCUUUGAGUAGCGAGGCUCGAACCUCUCAUCCUGCCCUCUGUUGCUUGAGGUUAGAUGAUUCCUCAGCAAUUGUGACGCGAGAUUUUCCUGCUUCUCUCUCCUCCUCUACCUGUCAGUGACUCCUCCUUGCCCGCCACCUGGAGUUGGCGUUCAGAAAGAAGAUGAGGCUGAACAUCUCACUUGUGUUCCUUGUCGCCUGCUCUGGGCUGAGACGCCUGCAAGACUGAAUGCACAGCCAGAGCUCAGGGUCUGGGUUCCGAGGGGUGUGGUGUAACCGCGACCUGGCCUCUGUGCUGUUAUCAAGCCUCCUUCACAGAGCGCUGGAACCCGGGGGCCAGGACCGGGCAUUGGCUUGAUGCCUUAGACGUGAUGCUCUGUGUUUUCCAGGGACAGACAGCCUUGCAGAUGGCCCCGCUCCCGGGGGCAGAGCUGGUCCAGACGCCUCUGCAGCUCUACCGAUACCUGCUGCGCUGUUGCCGACAGCUGCCCACCAAGGGCAUCCAGGAGCAUUACAGACACGCUGUCAGGCAGAGUUUCCGGGUUCAUUCAGAUGAAGACAAUCCUGAGAGAAUCCAGCAGAUUAUUAAAAGAGCCAUUGAGGAUGCUGACUGGAUCAUGAACAAAUAUAAAAAGCAAAACUGAGACUCAAAGAGUGAAGCCGCCCUGAAGACCCUGAAGGUGAGAGGCCUCCCCGGAAGGAACCAGCAGCAGCAGCUCUGGACUCUCGUUGUCCUGCCGGAGGAGAGAGCAGGACACCAGGUGUGGGAGCAGCUGACAUUUGCUCCAGUGGCUCUUCUCAGGCCGCUUGUGUCCCCGGUGACCUUCAUGUUUGCUUUUCCGGGUGGUUAUGAUGUGAGAUUUUGGGAGAGUGUGUUUUUUCACUUUUCUCUGAAAGUGAUUCAUUUAUUCUGGACGUCAUUCUUUGAGACCCGAGUGGGCGUCCCCUCAGAUGGCGGCCUGUAAGGAGGACAGGGCAUGGGUGUCAGACCCAGACAGAUCUGGAUUUGCAUCCCAGCUCAGCAGCUUUUCAAGGGCGUUGACUUUGAGCUUGGUUUCCUCUCUUGUGAGAAUUAAAUAAGAUGAAGUCAAAGAGC